AUGGCUCAUAUGGUCCUGAGGCUCAUGUGGAAGUCUGUGGACAAGAUGAGGUGUUUCAGGAAACGAUCCAUGUUGCCCUUCCUUGGCUUCCUCAUCACCUUCCUCCUCCUCUUCAACCUUUACAUGGAUGAUGGAUACGUGCUGGAGGCUGAAAAAAGGCAGCUGGGAGAGACUCUGAUGCAUCCUGCAAACUCUGAGAGAUACGUCCAUACAUUCAGAGAUCUGUCUAAUUUCUCUGGGACUAUUAAUGUGACGUAUCGCUACCUUGCGGGAAUUCCUUUGCCACGCAGAAAGUAUCUCACCAUUGGUUUGUCAUCUGUCAAGAGGAAAAAGGGGAAUUACCUCCUGGAGACAAUCAAAUCCAUCUUUGAUCAGUCCAGUUAUGAGGAACUCAAAGAGAUUGUGGUUGUGGUCCACCUUGCGGACUUUGACCUGGUCUGGUGUGAGAACCUGGUGCAGGAAAUCACCAGGAAGUUUGCCCACCACAUCAUAGCCGGACGCCUCCUGGUGAUCCAGGCCCCAGAGGAGUACUAUCCAUCUCUGGACGGGUUAAAAAGGAACUACAAUGACCCGGAGGACAGGGUCCGUUUUCGCUCCAAGCAGAACGUGGACUACGCUUUCCUCCUCAACUUCUGCACGAACCUCUCUCACUUCUACAUGAUGUUAGAGGACGACGUGCGCUGCUCCAGGAACUUCCUGACGGCGCUCAAGAAGGUGAUCACCUCCAGAGAGGGUUCGUACUGGGUGAUGCUGGAGUUCUCCAAGCUGGGCUACAUCGGGAAGCUGUACCAUUCCAGAGACCUGCCGCGUCUGGCUCAUUUCCUCCUCAUGUUCUACCAGGAAAUGCCCUGCGACUGGCUCCUCAUCCACUUCAGGGGUCUGCUGGCCCAGAAAGACGUGAUCCGCUUCAAGCCCUCACUGUUCCAGCACAUGGGCUACUACUCCUCUUACAAAGGAGCGGAGAACAAGUUGAAGGACGACGAUUUUGAGGAAGACUCCAUAGACAUUCCCGACAACCCUCCUGCCAGCCUUUACACAAACAUCAACGUCUUUGAAAACUAUGACGCCACCAAGGCUUACAGCACUGUUGAUGAAUAUUUCUGGGGGAAGCCUCCGUGCACUGGAGACUUCUUUGUCAUAAUCUUUAACAAAUCAACUAAAAUCAGCAGAAUUAAGAUUGUGACGGGCACAGAAGACAGACAGAAUGACGUUCUUCACCACGGCGCUCUGGAAGUUGGACAGAAGUCUGUGGACACUAAACAGGGACGGCAGUGCACAUCCUACAUCACAUUAGGAGAGUUUAAAGGUGGAAGCAUCGAGGUUAACAACGUGGACCACAAGAUCGGCUUCGACAUCGAGUGUGUGCGAGUCGUCGUCACUGCCAGUCAGAAAGAGUGGCUCAUCAUAAGGACUAUCAGUUUAUGGACCACACAGCCUGUUAGUCAGUUUAUAAAGUAA